AUGGACCUGGAUGGGUCUGAUGAGGAGGCCCCGGAGCCGGCGCAGAAGUGUCGCCGCCCGACACUAACAACACCAACAGUUCAGAAACCUCUUCAGUCGGCCUUCCUGACGGCUCCAGAGGAAGCGGCACAAGAAGAGGAACGACAAGGCUCUGUCUGCUCAGGGCUGUGUUUGUACGCCCCACAGGCUCAGGCGCCAGGCAUAUGUCUCCAUUCCCCUCCUGACAUGGACGAAAUGGAGCACAAGUUCACUCUGUGUGCCGUGGAACAGGCUGCUGCGGACUACCUACAUCGCCGCUGGGUCACCUUUGAGCAACUGGAUGCCCUGCUGGACAUUAUGCCCACCACCUCGGCCUGUCGCAAUGCAUCGGUGGCACUGCCACAGUCUACGGACCAACACAUGGUCACAUUCGGAGCAUACCAGCAGGGGCCAAUGGCCGGCCUGAGGACACCGACUCACCGUUUUCCGAUGGCGACGUGUCUCCUCAACACGGUCGUGCACACUGUGGCUGGACGCCAUCCACGCACGACCCUCUUCCUGGCGCGUAACAUGGCCUCUGGAUUGCACACAGACAAUAACCAAAAAGGGGUGAACAACCUCCUGAUCCCACUUUCCAACUUCGAGGGUGGCCACCUCUUUGUGGAGGACGACGCCGGGGAUUACUCACUGGACUCCGUUGGACCCAGAGGUCACGUUCUCCCCGUGACCCUGCCCUACCUUAGCUUUGACGCCUCACGACGACAUCUGGUACUGCCGUGGACGGGACGCCGUCUCAUACUCGGCACUUAUCACAUUCGAGAGGCGGACAAGCUCUCCGCACAUUCCGCUGUACACCUGAAGUAUUUAGGUUUUGAGGUGCGUCGCACAGAUACCGGCUCCUCUAGCUCGCAGCGGCAGCACAGCUGA